CAAGGACCAUCCUUUCUCAUUCAAAACAACAACAAAAACACCUACUCCUCCUCCUCUUCCUCCUCUCAUGGCCAUUGCCAACUUUUCCUCUUCCAAUGUCCUCAUUCUCAUCCUCUUUUCUUACUUCAUCUUCCACUUUCCGGCCGUAUUCGGUGACUCUUACGGUUGGGAAGGCGGUCAUGCCACAUUUUACGGCGGCGGAGAUGCCUCCGGCACAAUGGGAGGAGCGUGUGGAUAUGGUAAUUUAUAUAGUCAAGGAUACGGGACGAACACGGCCGCGCUUAGCACGGCUUUGUUUAACAAUGGAUUAAGUUGUGGAUCAUGUUAUGAGAUGAAAUGUAAUGAUGAUCCAAGAUGGUGUCUUCCGGGGAGUAUUGUUGUCACUGCUACCAAUUUUUGUCCUCCCAAUUUUGCUCUUGCUAAUGAUAAUGGUGGGUGGUGCAAUCCUCCACUUCAACAUUUUGAUUUGGCUGAACCAGCUUUUCUUCAAAUUGCUCAAUACCGAGCUGGGAUUGUUCCUGUUGCUUUCAGAAGGGUUCCAUGUGUGAAGAAAGGGGGAAUAAGGUUCACAAUAAACGGCCACUCUUACUUCAACUUGGUCCUAAUCACCAACGUGGGCGGUGCCGGCGACGUCCACGCCGUAUCCAUCAAAGGCUCUCGCACCGGCUGGCAAGCCAUGUCGCGCAAUUGGGGCCAAAACUGGCAGAGCAACGGCUACCUCAACGGUCAAUCCCUCUCCUUCCAAGUCACCACCAGCGAUGGUCGCACUAUCACCAACUUCAACGUCGCUCCUUCCGGCUGGCAGUUCGGCCAAACCUUCGAAGGUGCCCAGUUUUAGUACUCUGGCAUUUCGUCGAACACUUGAUGGGCAUAACGCUGAGGUUGCUUUCCCUUUUCAGCACCCGCUCUUCUUUGCCCUUUUUUUUUAUUAUUAUUAUUAAUUAUUAUUAUUAAUUACAUCAUAAUUAUAUAUAUAUAUAUAUAUAUUAUAAUGAUGGUGUGUUGUUGAUUGAUGUUGUAGCCUUUGUGAUAAAUUCACAGGGUAUUAAAAUAGAUGAUGAUAGAGGUUUUAUGUAAUUUGAGAUUGAGAGAUUGAGUGAGAACAAAGAGAUUUAUGUGGUGUUCUCUUUGUUUCUCUUGAUUAUUGUGUAAUUUGUUUUUCAUUGUCUUAUUUUUAAAAGGGGUAUAUAUUUUUUUUUUUCAA